AAUUGGUGGCGAAUUUUUUUUCAUUUUUCGAGUUUUUGUCGCUUUUUUUUUUUUUUUUUUUUUGUCGCUUUUGUGUCGCUUUGUUGGUUCUCCCAUCGUUUCACGCAACACACUUCCCAACGCCAAAAAAAACCAUGUCGACGGCUGCUGAGCAUCUCACGAGCCCGCCAACGGUUCCGCAGACAGCGUCGCAGGCUGCCUUCCUCGCGCAUUCCCGCAAUGUCAACCACCACAGCGGUGGUGUCGGCAGCGGCGGCAUCGGCGGCGGCGGUGGUAGCAACCACUCGCUCAGCGGUGGCAGCAGCAGCACUGGCAGCAUUGGUGGCGGCGUUGGCGGCGUUGGGAUUGGAUUGAGCGCAGCAAGCAGCGGUGCGAGCCAUUCUGCACCCAUCGCAAUGCCCCACCACAACAGCGCUGCGUACAUGCCCCACAGCCACCACCAGCACUAUGUGCGUGGAAACAGCCUCGACAACGGCUCGUCGAGCGAUGGCUCAACCAGUGGCGGCAGUGGCGGCGGUGGCAGUGGCAGUGGCGGUCGGCGUUCGAGUCGUGAAGCGAUCGCCAUCGCCGCCGCCGCAGCCGCUUCCAUGCGCGGCCGUCGCAAGCGCAACACGUCCUCUGGCUCGUCCCGCAAGAUCGUCAUCAAGAAAGGUGGAGCUGGUGGCAAGACUGUCUGGGGCAAGCCAGGGUGUGAGAUUGAUGCCGCGCCCGCGACGUCGAACGAUCCGCGUGAUCCCAACUACGUGGACGAAGACGAGGAAGAGGAGGACGAGGCGUUUGAGGACGACGAUGAUCGCUUCGACCCGACCGAGCCGCCCACCCGGUCUCAGCGUCCCAGAGUGGGUCUUCCGCCCAAGCAGUCGUCCGCGUGGCAGGCCGCGGCUCAAGAGAAGGAGGAAUGCCAGCGCUUACUGCAGCAAACGUUGCCGCACUACAUGUUGAACGGCGAUCCAACCGACAUUGUCGACGCGCUCGAAGACGCCAACUUUUCGGCUGCGGGCGUCACGAUUGUCGCUCAUAUCAUCGAGAUGGCUCUGGACCGCAAGGACUGUGACAGGGAACUGGCAGCCAUUCUUGUAGCCACACUGGUCGCGCAGCGCAUCGUGGGAUCGGACGAUGUUGCGAACGCCUUCGAAUCGCUGUUGGCACGCCUGUCAGACAUUGUGCUGGACACCCCUCAUGUUGUGCAAACCCUUGCCAAGUUCAUUGCACGUGCGGUUGCGGAUGACAUUCUUCCUCCAGUGUUUGUGACGCGCAGUCAUUCCGGGUCCAACUCCAGUUCCGCGGCCAGCUCCUUCCCCGCCAGUCCGUCGACGCCUUCCAACACGCCAAUCUUCCGGCCCAUCACCUCGUCCCAGCGCACGCUUUCCACCUCCGUCCCGACGCUCGCCAUCCCGAUCGGGGCUGGCAGCGCCCCGCCUCGCAAGAGCUCUACGUCCACCCCAGCUCCCGCCAACAGCAUUGAUGAGAGAGCGUUUCUGUCGCUGCAUGCGGCCCUGCUCUCGACGAGUCCGCGCGAAGCAAUCAGUGCUCUUGAAGCAGCAGCCGCCAACUACGCCGCGAAACGACACAACAGUGUGUCGUCAACGUCCAUGUCUCCGGUUCCGGAACCGGAUUUGGCCGUCGAUGCGUUGCAUCUUGCUAAGACGCUUAUCAACAUGAAGCACGGCUUUGUUCGCUUGGACAAUGUCUUUGGCGUCAACGGUGGCAGGCGCACUGUCAAGCAGCUCUCCAAACAGAUUGGCCUGCUGUUGCGAGAAUACUUGUUCAGCGACGAUCUGGCCGAAGCGGAGCGCUGUGUUCGUGAGCUCGAGGUGCCGCACUUUCAUCAUGAGAUUGUGUACGAGGCAAUCAUCAUGAUGAUGGAGCGACCAGCGGCACGAGACCGAGCUGCCUUGAGCCGGCUGCUUGGCGCGUUUGCCAGAACGUUGUUGCUGACCCCCGACCAGAUCGAGCAAGGUGUAGCGCGUGUGUAUGAAGAGCUACCGGAGCUUGCAAUGGACAUUCCAAACGCCGCAGGUCAUCUCGACGAAUGCAUGAAGGCUGCAAUCACGGACGGUUGGAUUUCGCAACCCACCCUUGUGAAACUUGCCGGCAAAGCCGCAGUGCAGCACGCACCACGUAGCUCUUAGCGGCGUGUGGCAGUCUUUUUCCAGAGUGGGCGUAGCCAGCGAAUGGGUUCUCCGACGGCGACUCGUUGCUGUGAUGGAAAGUGUUUGAUGUGUAGGUCGGGUGGUUUGGAAUUUUAUGAAUCAGGUGUUUGCGCUGUGUCUUUCGCUGAUCAUUGUCAAUACAAGCAAUUUUGGAGGCAA